AGUCUCAUAUUUCUGCCGUUGGAGUGGAAGAGAGCACGGGCAGGAAUUCUUUCAGAAGGUGCACGAGUCUCGGCACGCGAGUCAACGCGCGUGCCGCUGAAUUAUCCUGUGCCAAGUCUGUCAGUGAGUCGAGCUUUCAAAACACGACAUUUUAACGAAUGGGUGUGUGAAGGACAUCGGAAAAUUAAAAUAAAAUGCUCUUUUCGAGGAAAUCUGCUCUGUGGUUCGUCUGGUGAAGGGUCGUUUCAAGACAGACCCCUGAAGCGUUUGGCUGGCGUGCUCGCGCACCCUCCGUGCUGGUGCGCCCCUCUCCUUCACAAGCUUGCCGAGAGCUCACCCGGCCCUGGCUGCUGCUGGCGGCCGAGUCCGCACCCUCCCGAAGACCUUGAUAAGCUGGAACGGGUGUGGAAGAUUAGCCAGUGAACUCUGCGUGACGGUGUACCCAUGUUACUGCAAGGAGAGACUGCACUGGAGCCACCUGCUUCUGUUUCAACCAAUCAAACUGCAUCACAGCCUGCAAUAAGGAAGCAAUUCUAUGACGGAGAGGACACAGGACCAAUCAGAUACCUCACGCAUUCGGGGACCUGCUCACUGACGAGACCUUUCCAUUAAAGCUGCAGACUUCAGACAUGGUGACAUAGUGCGUUUGGAUAUGGAGGAGAUAUUCCACAGCUCACUUUUAAACUGAAGCUUUCAUACAGAAUCUGUGCACUUAAAGUGAAUGUAGAGUGGGAAUCUUUUUUUUUUUUUUUUUUUUUUUUCCCCUUUGUUUGUAAACAUCCCCCCCCCCCCAUUUGUUUACGUGUGGUCGGGCGUGGGGGUCGUCCCCACGAUGCUGGGUGCGGGUCGCGUGCGACGCCUCCAUCGCCAGCUCACCUUCCAGACCGGCCUCCUCCUCCUCGUCCUCCUGUGCAUGCUCAGUGUCUUUGUCUCCGCCUACUUCCUCUACACCGUCAAACGGGAGCUUGAGCCACCUCACGGAGGCGGGGCUGAGGACUGUGGCAACGAUGUCCCUCCGUCCCGGCUCCACCCACCUGGUGAGGGAAGGGGCGGGGCCACAGUGGCCGAUGAGAGCCGGACCGAGGCAGUGGUGCUGGUGUUUGUGGAGAGCCAGUACUCUCAGUUGGGCCAGGAGAUUGUGGCCAUCCUGGAGUCGGCCAGGUUCAGGUACCGGACCGAGAUCUCGCCCGGGAAGGGGGACAUGCCCACUCUGACAGACGGGGAGCGUGGCCGCUUUGCCCUGAUUGUGUAUGAGAACAUCCUCAAGUACGUCAACAUGGACGCCUGGAACAGGGAACUGCUGGACAAAUACUGCGUGGAGUACGGAGUGGGGCUCAUCGCAUUCUUCAAGGCGAAUGAGAACAGUCUCCUGAGUGCCCAGCUGAAAGGGUUCCCGUUGUACCUGCAUUCUAACCUGGGUCUGAAAGACUGCACCAUCAACCCCAAAUCACCCCUUCUACACAUCACCCGUGCCCAAGAGGUGGUCAGAGGCCCUCUCCCCGGUGACGACUGGACUGUGUUCCAGUCCAACCACUCCACGUACGAGCCCGUGCUGCUGGCCGAGACCCAGUCUGCGGGCAGCGUGGCGCCCCGCGCCGCCCUGCACGCCACCGUGGUCCAGGACCUGGGCCUGCACGACGGGAUCCAGCGCGUGCUUUUUGGCCACGGUCUGCUCUUCUGGCUCCACAAGCUGGCGUUUGUGGACGCAGUAGCCUUCCUCACCGCCAAGCGCCUGGCCCUGGCCCUUGACCGCUACGUGCUCGUCGACAUCGACGACAUAUUUGUGGGGAAGGAGGGCACCAGGAUGAAGGCGGCCGACGUCGAGGCGCUGGUGGAGACGCAGCAUGAGCUGCGCAAGUCCAUCCCAAACUUUACCUUUAACCUUGGCUUCUCCGGGAAGUUCUACCAUGCAGGUACUGAUGAGGAGGACCUGGGUGAUGACCUGUUACUGUCUUAUGUUGAUGAGUUCUGGUGGUUUCCACAUAUGUGGAGUCACAUGCAGCCUCACCGAUUUCAUAACCAGAGUGUAUUAGCAGAGCAGAUGCUCCUCAACAGACGCUUUGCAGAGGAGCACUCUAUCCCUACUCGCCUGGGCUACGCUGUGGCUCCCCACCACUCUGGCGUUUACCCCGUUCAUGUGCAGCUGUAUGAGGCAUGGAAGAAGGUGUGGGGCAUCCGUGUGACCAGCACAGAGGAGUACCCUCACCUGAAACCUGCCCGCCACCGCCGGGGCUUCAUCCACAGUGCCAUCAGUGUAUUACCUCGACAGACAUGCGGUCUGUUCACACACACCAUCUUCUAUAAGGAUUACCCCGGAGGCCCUCAGGAGCUGGACAAGCUCAUUGAUGGAGGGGAGCUCUUCCUCACUGUGCUACUCAACCCAAUCAGCAUUUUCAUGACUCACCUGUCGAAUUAUGGGAACGACCGCUUGGGGCUGUACACCUUCCGGAAGCUGCUGCUCUUCCUGCAGAGCUGGACGCACCUCAGGCUGCAGACGCUGCCCCCGUUGCAGCUAGCGCACAAAUACUUCAGCCUCUUCCCCUCGGACAGAGACCCACUUUGGCAGAACCCUUGUGAGGAUAAGAGACACAAGGAUAUCUGGUCUAAGGAGAAGACGUGCGAUCGCUUUCCCCGGCUGCUUGUAAUUGGACCGCAGAAAACAGGAACAACUGCUCUCUAUGUGCUCCUGGGCAUGCACCCUGACCUCAUCAGCAACUUCCCUAGCAAGGAGACGUUUGAGGAGGUGCAGUUCUUCAAUGGGCACAACUAUCAUCGGGGAAUAGACUGGUAUAUGGAGUACUUCCCUCUACCCUCAAACACGAGCUCGGACUUCUACUUUGAGAAGAGCGCCAGCUACUUUGAGUCUGAAGUAGCAGCAGGCAGGGCGGCAGCUCUCCUACCCAGAGCCAAGAUCAUCACCGUACUACUGAACCCUGCAGAGAGAGCCUACGUCUGGUAUCAGCACCAGAGAGCCCACAAUGACCCGGUGGCGCUGAAGUACUCCUUCCAUGAGGUCAUCACCGCGUCCCGUGAUGCUCCUUUGAGGCUCCGUGUGCUUCAGAGCCGCUGUCUGGUGCCGGGAUGGUACGCAGUACACCUGGAACGAUGGAACACACACUACCACUCCACUCAGAUUUUGGUUGUGGAUGGGCAGAUGCUUAAAACUGAACCAGCGGCUGUCAUGGACAAAGUGCAGAAGUUUCUGGGCUUGGUGAACACCGUCGACUACCACAAGAUCCUGGCGUUCGACCCUAAAAAAGGUUUCUGGUGUCAGCUGCUGGAGGGAGGUAGGACCAAGUGUUUGGGGAAGAGUAAAGGGAAGAGGUACCCUGACAUGGACCCAGAGUCUCAGGCCUUUCUGAGGGAGUACUAUAGGGAUCAUAACAUUGAGCUGUCCAGGCUGUUGUACAGGAUGGGACAGCCCCUUCCCAGCUGGCUCAGAGAUGAUCUCCUCAAUACCAGGUAGCGUUUGGCCCUGUCCGACACUGGGACCGUGUCGCGCAACCCUCAUCCACCCGAAGCUACAAUAAACCACGAAUGCUAUAAAAGGGCGAGGAACUCGGCUGACGGCGAAUGGAAGCUUGUCCGGCAGAGCAAGGCAUGCGGGAGCCAUGCGACCCUGUGAUGGGACUGUCCACGGGACCCCCCGUGCCUCCUUAGGGCUCUUAGGAUACACCUGUACUGUUUCUCUGCUAAAUGAACUACAGCCACUCCAGCUCACACGAGCAAGAUGCCUUAUGUUGUCUCACUGCAUCGGGGAAGAUCUUGCUACAGAACUCGCUGUGACAUCCCCCCACUUCCUCUUUAUAAGAGGAAGUUAAGAUCCGGCAGAACCUGGUGUGUGGGUAUGGACAGAGAGGUGCGGGAGACCGUGGACCCGAUCUCCUGCCAUGAUCCGGUCCCUUAAAUAAAAGGUGCAGUGUUCUUCACCUCAGGACCUCUGGGUUUCACCCGAGGAGGCGUGGGCCAGAGCAAUGAAGGGGUGUGUUUUUAAAAGCGGGCAGACACAGAAGGUCCCACUUGGGCAUUUGUGCAUUUAAGUGCGUUAUUUGUGCUCUUUACUGCACAGACUCAGCACCGAGGUGAAAUGCCUUUGACACUAAGACGAAUGUGUUACAGCACAGAGCCCAUGUCUUAUCAGUUUUAAAGUGUCUUUGAGCUAAGAUUUGGAAGCAACUGUCCACAUAGUCCCUUUGAGGUUGGAGAGGUGUCUGAGCGCUAAGGACAUUGGGAGGUGCAUGCAACCACAGCCACAGGCCUGGUGUCACGUAUGCCCUGCUUAAGGCGGGCGACAUGCCAAAGGGGUUCCGCAGAAGAGUUCAUAGAGAGAGGGAGGGAAAUGGAGAGAGAAUGGAGAGAGAGGGAGAGAGAGAGAAAGAGAGAGAGAGAGAGAUCCAGGUGAUUUGUUUUAGAGUUAAUCUGUAACUUUAUUUCAUUUGUUAACUGUUUGCCAUAGUAGCAAGAAAGCCAACCCAGACGGCAGACACACUGGAACCUGGAACCUCUAUGUUCCAGUGGUAAACAAAGUAAUUUUCUUCUUUGACAUUUACGCAGGCACAGAAAUGACAAGACGUGGGAUUUGGAACAGGAAGUGGUGCUGAGGGCUGUCUUCAGCACGUUGGCUUCCUCUGAGUAGUUUUACUGUUUUAAGACUUUAAACUGUCCUCCGUUCCAAAUCAGCGCUCCUCAUUUGACUCUCACUCCCUGUCCUGCACUGUGGGGUUGCAAACGUCCCCAUUUCACUCGCUUUAUAAAAGGGGUCUGUUUUUAUUGGAUACUAAACAUGCCAAAUUAGAAAAACGUUAAUCUCUGGUGUAUAACUGCACAAGUGUUGAAUGUGUCUGAACCGAAAACCUUUGUCUGAAUCUUUGUCUUUGUUGUUCUAGGUAGUUAAUGUGUACGGUUUGGUCGUGUGCCUGGUUUAUUUAUUUUUUUUCCUACAUGCCUACUGUAUUCUGAAAAGUGACACCCCUUUACUAGUUUUCCAAAAAGUAUUAUUGCAAUGAAGCAAUUUUAAUCGCUAACGGGACUUAUCGUGGAGAUGCUAGGCUGCUCUACGAUGUUCUUUUUCAUAAUGGCUUUCUGUAAACUUGCCCUGGGGAACUAAUGUCUAUUUUUAACAGAUGUCACAUCUUAAAGGCUUUUUAUCAGUGUUCAAGGAAGCGACAUAAAUGAGAUUUUCAUCAGCUGUGAGGUUUCAUGGUGGAACGAGGGUGAUAAUCGCUGGGUGAAGACAGAGGUAUGACGACCUCAUGACCUAUCAACUGCUGCCCCGCCCCCCAAAGAAAAAAACAAACCACCAAAUAUUAGUCCUGAAUGACCCUGUGAAAUGCAUCUGAACUCUAACCUAGGCUCUGUGGCUUGGCUUUCCUGAUGAUACAGCCACAGUUUAACAAGAAUAAAUGGGGUACUAUAAUUACUACA